AUGACGACUAUUUCAUCUUACUCUCAAAAUAGUCAAGAAAAAAAGCACAAUAUAUCAGAGUUGAAAAAAGAAUAUAUGAAAGCUUUGGAACAUUUAGUUAAAAGAAAUAAAUUACUUGCAAUAAACUUACUUGGAACAAAUUUUACUAUGAUUAUUGGAGCAGUAUUAUUGUGGGGAGAUGAAAAAAAAAUAAUUAGAAAAGUUGAAUUUAUCAUAACAUCAAGCUUUAUAGUUUUAAGUAGAAUUAUAACAUUGAUAUUAUCUAUCCGAAAAAAGCUUGUAAAUAAAAUCUCUAAAAAAGAAAUUCAAACUGUGACAAUUGAUGAGAUUUUAGAUGAUAAGAUUUUAAAUGAUUUACCUAAUUUGGA